GGUCUCUUAGGCAAUACGGAAUAGAUGCUAUAACUGGCUGGGACUAAAUUCUGUCCUGCAUAAUGAGGCCAAUAGCCACUUCUUACAACACUCAAUCUGGGGGAUCAACAAGAAAUCAAAUGACAUGUGGAAAGUUACCUGGUUUGCUGUCAUAUGGAGUAUUUGGCUUCAUCGAAAUGCUAUAUUGUAUUUAAGGAGGAGCUGCUGGAUGAGGAGAAGCUGUGGGACCUUAUUAAAACAAGAUCCUGGCUGUGGUUGAAAUCAAAAGUGAAGAAUUGCUGCUUUUCGUGGUAUACUUGGUCAACAGACCCGAUGUUAUGUCUAAAAGAAAUGGCACAAUAAGCUACAUGGAACUGCAACAUAACAAAUAUAUGGGAAGAGCAAAGUUUCUGGCCUAUAUACCAUGGGAAGCAGAGGAGUAAUUGCGGACAAGUGGUCCAUGAGAAUUCUUUGGGCAUGUGCUAUUGGAAGUGCCGUCAGCCUGUAUAUGGUUGCUGUAGAAAGGCAAGCACAGAAUAGGCAGAGGAUGCUGGCUGAAGAAUUGAAAGCAAUGGAGUCAGGGGAAAGCAACGGCAAAGAUGGAUGAACUGUGUUAUGCUAUAAUUUUAUGAAAAAUAUGUAGUAUCAAAUAGCAGAUGCAGAGUUUCAGAUUUUCUGAAACUUAUGAUGUAAAAGGUUUCUGUGUCCAUCUUUUGUCCAUUCGCUAACAGUACAAUUUCUAAAGGUUUGAGCAUUUUCCAGUGGGAAAAUAAUGUACUAGAUUUUCAUUUCAAAUCUGUUACGGAAAGGAUUGAAAUGAGCUUUGCAACCUCAUUUUUAACAUUUUAGAAAAUAAAUUUGUUGAGUUACUUUUAA